ACGGAACAAACGCCAAAAAGGGGCCCAGCAACAACAGCGGCAGAAACAAAAGAAAAAUGAACAAGAAGAAGUCUCGUACCGAGUCCGCGUUUACUACUGCAUCAAACGCUGCGCCGCCGGAAACUGACGAGAAGGACCACAGUACCAAGGAGAUCAUGUUGCAGGAGAGUGAAGAGGAUGUUGUGAAAAUUAAUCCAAGCAACACCGAGUUGAAACAGGACAAGCCAGUGGAGCCGCUUCAGAACAGCGAAACUACCGACGUGAUGAACACAACUGCAGCUGUUGCUACACCUUCUUGCGAGGUAGAAGACGCAGCUAUGAAAAUAAACCCUGCAGCUGCUGACGAGGAGGGAACUGCUGGUGGUCCUCACGAGCUAAAACAAGACAGCUCGACGAAUGAAAUAGGGAGUGUGCUGCAAGAUUCGCCCUGCAGCACUAGCCCUGAGGCAAGCUGCUGCAACACCAAUAAUAUGUCAUCUUGCGGCAAGAAGAGCGUCGUGGUCCUCCCGGACCAUCUUCACAACUCGUCUAGUACCAUUGCAGCUGCAUGCGAGGACGCAGGACCACGACAAGGUCUCGUUGAGAUGGAGGGUGUUUCUGCUGGGAAGGUGGCAGAGCGACCCUUUGCUCCUGCCACGACAGCUUCAUCUGCAAAAGAGGAACAACUGCCCGAAGCAGCAGCAGAGGAGGAACAACUGGACAGCACAGAAAAAGCCGUACAACAGCCUGAUGAUGCAAAAAAUUUUGUUGUUGAGGACAGUACUAUUGCACCCGACAGUAUGAGAACUUUUGCGAAUGUGGCUCCUGGUCUUCCUGCUGUUGUCGAAGAUGAUAUUGGUCGUGCUGCAGCUGCUGGUGGUGCUACCGUGGCCACGACCUCUUCUUCCCCUGCAGCUGAUGAAACUGGGCCAGCAACCGCGGUUGUUCUACCAGCGGCGAAAGAAACCAGCCUUAGUGGCGAUUUUGUGAGUUGCGGUGCCAGCGAUCGUUCGCCAGAAGAGGAAGAGCCUGUAGAUGACAGCAAGGAGAUAAAAUUUGAAGACGCAGCGUCGGAAGUCGAGACUCUUUGUUCCGGAGGACGCACAACGACAACUCGUCCUGCGCAAGGCUAUGUCGAAUUAGGGAACAAGAACACUCCAGAAGAUCAUGCUGAAAACAAGUCCUCCGCUGAGAUGAGCAUGUAUGACGUCGUUGCCAGCACAAACAGUGCCAGUGUAGCCAGUGCAACAGUGGUCUCUUCUGCCGAAAAAAACAAUUCCGACAGGAGCCUUGUGUCUACUAGUAGUACCAGUAUCAUCGCUACAAGUACAACUACUACCAGUCCGGACGUAAAAAAAGAAGCUUCCCGGGACCAGCAGGUGGACGGACCCACGCCGGGUUCGACGGGUGAUGAUGACUGCGCUGGUAGUAGUUCUAUUGUGAUGAAAGCUGAGCAAAAGGAAAACAAGGAGAAGCUGCUGAAAGACGAAGAGUCUGUAGAAGUGGUUGUCAAGGAAUUUCAUAAAAUCGAGCGGGUAAUUCUACCAGAGACGCCUGAGCGGGCGGAUGUUUCGAGUGUUUCAUCGAGUUGGCACCACAAGAAGAGACGUAAGUCGCAAUCCGCUCCGAGCCAGGCAAUCACCCGCGUGAUCAUCCCCGACGAUGAUGACGGGGGGAAGACUUCGCGGCGAAUCGGCAAUGCCUACACAACGAUGCGGGAGGCGGUUUUGAACGGGCAGGACAAACACCUUGCGAAGUGUGCGUUUAUUAACCGCAAACGAAGGAAACACACGGAGCAUGAGGUGGCUCUUGUUCUUCACAACCAGGAAGCAGGAGCAGCUCCAGGAGGAGAUGCAACAACUGCUAGUAUUGACGGGGUGGAAAUUAUCCCACGAAAAAACUGUUUCACUGUGAUGAUUUUGCAGGAUCUGCAUCACAAGUUUGCUACACAUGACAAAGAAAACUUGGCAUGCGUGCUUCCUAAGGGAAAACACGGCGAAAAAUCCAAUGUCUUGCAUGUAUAGCAAAACAAACACAUUUGCGUUCCCUUCUAUGCAUCACAAGUUCACAGUGAAACACUUUUUUCUUGCGAUAGAAAUACUAAAACAAGAACAGGCGAAGCAAAGUUUUGACGAGAUGAACCAGGAAUUCAGUGCAGCGAGCGGGAGUAUUUUUUCCGAACAGGUUAUGGAUGUGUCAGAGUUGAAAUCGACAAAGUUGAAAUAACUUGCAAUGCAUAAAAUGGAUACCAGUUGGAAGCCCAAUUUCUAAGCGGCGCAUGACAAAUUUCAGUAGAAUCGAAAUCCAGUCUGUAAUGCUGUUUGGGUAAGGAGUACGCCUUUUGUCAUGCUACUUUAGCAGCUCUAUUUCUACCCCGAAACAGGCUUACAAUCUGCCUCGCUUGCCUACUCUGCAAGACAGGCACUCUCUGCGUUGCAUUUUAUGCGUGACAAACUAUUUCAACUUUGACGAUUUCGAUCCUGACACAUCCAUACAGGUUGAAAAAAGUGAAGAAGGUAUUCCGGUUUCGCGGCUCAUGUUGAAAAAGACGGCUAGCCAUGAUUUUUCAUCAGCUUCGACUAUCAAAUGCAAAAGUGUCUGGGUCUGGAAACUUGUGACGCUGCGUUGGGAAUAGUGAAUGCUCUGUAAUGCCCAGCCGAGCAUGAGAAAUAUCUGCGCUUCGUUGUGUUGCGUUUUUCGCAUGACAAACUGCGUUUUUGCAUGACAGACAAAAGGGUAUCUUCUUGGACACGCAUCACAAACUUUUUGGUCAUCCCAGACAAGCAUCACAAAUCUCGCAAUCUUCCAGACCCAGACAUUUUUGCAUUUGAUAUCGACGUCCUCGAUUGUGGGAGUACAAGAACCCGAAGCCAGUGGUAGUGCGAUGGACGCGGACGAGGGCAACGUGAAUAACAAUAAAACCGAAGCUGAUGCAGCAGCUGACAGUAGCGACAAGGCUGCUGCUCUCACUUUUGGUGUUGGCCAGGAUCAGGAAGUAGAACAUGAAAGCUUGUUGACCGGUAUUAGUAAGAUCAUGAGCUGCGAAGAUGUUCCUGCGACAGAAGUUGCAGAAAAUUGUAUCGAGAUGAACGCAGAUGCAAUUUCACGAUCUACAACCAGUGGAGCAGUGGAGGAGAAGGACCAGCAAUUAUCUUCUGCCUCACCGCUACAGAAGGAUAGUACCUCCAGUGGCGAAAAAGAAAGACUGCCCGACACGAUGGCAUCUUCUACUCGGGAUGCAGCUGCUGCAGAUGAAGAUGCGGAGCUCCACCCGAAGACCUCCUCAGAGACAAACAACAAAGGGGACAAUUCUAGCAGUAAGAACCACAAUCGGCCGUCCUGGAACAAGGGCAAGAACGACCACUGGAAAUCCUGUUAUAAUAAUUCGGACCACUUCAACAUGAAAGGUAGAAACAACGGUAGAGAUCAGGAUUGGCACCGCGGCGGCACCACUUAUGUUGAAAACAGCAAGAGCAACUACUACUUCCACAAGGGCGGCAAUAAACACGGAUACAACGACUAUCUUCAUUGUGGUCAAGGAACAAAGGGAAUGAAGCAACAUGAAGAAAAUGAUUCAACAUCCCGAGGACGGGGCUACAACUACGGCCACUCGCCGUAUUCCAGCUACAAGGGAAACAAUUUUCAUCAUCCGAGCAGCAACUACAAAGGAGGUAAGUCUUUUUCCACACUAGCCAACUUCCCGAACGUUCACUAUGGGAGAAAGAGCCCCUCGGGCCCCCCAAAGACGGACCAAGAACAGGAGCCUACCAACACGUCCGGCUACGGAGGGAAAAAUAGCGCUCAACAGGGAGAACAUCAACACCGUAACUAUCGUCCAACCACGACGCCCCGACGAGGGCCGUAUGCGCAUGCCAAGGACCACUGGGACCAUUACCGUGUUUUCGGUGGGAAGAAUUACACCUACGACCACAGUUGUAAUCAUGACGGCUACUACUACAACAACUAUCAGUCCGGCCGCAGGGGAACGCCAGAGGACUUCUAUUACUGGCAGCGCCACAAAGGUGGAAAGGCGAACCGCGGCAAAGGGGAAUUGAAUAUCUUCAAGGGCGGAGGGCAUGAAGAUUACCACGGGCAGCUGCAGCCGGGGGCAGACGCAGAAUUUGCCGGCGAUGGAGGCGCUUGGGGCGGGAAAGGCUCGGGAGAGAAGCAACAAACCGAAUAUGUGGAUAAUUACUGGCAUACUCAGUACAAUAUCCACAGUAAAUUUACCGUACACGACGACGUACUUAUGCGGUUUGCGGUUUCUUUUUCUGCAUGGAAAAACUUACCUUCUUCACUUCUGUUUAGAAUGACGAGCGGCAUGCUGCUCUAUCUUGGCGAAAUUUGUCAUGCAUUUUGUAUGUGUGCGCGUGCGGGAAACUUGUAUUGCAUACACUACAACAACCAAGUUGCGGAGAACCAGCCUGACGAGGUACUUUUGGGCUUUCUGCGGCAACAAGUCGACAACUACCAGCACCACACCGGAGCAGGCGUGGCGAUGCAAAACGUGGAGCAGCGUGAAGAGCAGCAGCAGACGAGUAGCGACCUGCAGCCUAAUAUCAGUAGCGCCCAGAUGAAACAAGAUCAUGCCACAGUGCCUCCUCUCGAGCACAUUCUGGCCGAUGCUUUGACCCAGGCGGGGUUCGGUGCAGGAACGGGUGCUCUUUCCGAGGAGAAAAGCUGUGCUGUAGUGACUGAAACUGUGAACAACACACUUGGCAGCGCUGACAAUCUCGCUGGUAGUUCCGUUGGCGUUGCCUCACCGGGAGCUGCUCCCGCGCGCGAGUGGUGGAGGUAG